AUGGAUUUGAUGCCUGCAUUCGCAGCAUGUGUGAAGGCGAUUCGGAACAGAAACCAGGUGCUGGGCCUAAGCAUGCCAGACAUGGACCCAAAGCGGAUUUUGGGUCAACGAACUCGACCUCGGUGCGACUUGACGUCGAAGGCGAAGCUACUUGUUGGCGACAUCUCCCAGCUACGCGACUUCCUCCAGGAGAACCACGUUGCCUACUUGAAUAACGCCUCACAUUUCGGGUACAAUGCGUCGGGGAUGACGGAUGCGGACCGGGAUCACAUCGACACGGGUGCCCAGACGGUCAUGCGGAGCUGCAGGCAACUCCUGCUGAACCUGAGGAAGGAGGCAGGGUUGGUGCAGGGGAAUGCUCAGACAAAGCAGCACUGGCAGGCCGUGGCCGAUAUCAUCGAGGCAUAUCUCAAGUCGGUGUGUAAGGUGUACUCCACGCAGCGUGCCGUGAGGGUCAAGCGGAUGGUGGAGCGGCAGAAGCUGGAACGCUUGGAAAUCGGGACUCGGAGGGGGCCGAAACUGGAACGCUUGGAAAUCGGGACUCGAAAAAGUUCUGAGGGUUCCCGUCCCAUUAUCACGGAUAUGUCAGAUGAAGACCUAGAUACCGAGGAACUCACCCCCGAGGACCUUCGCAUCCUCGAGCAAGAGAACCGGCAGAUAUUCCAGGAAUUAAACUCCCUCGUGGACGAGGUGAAACAGAUCGAGGGUAAAGUGGUGAGGAUCGCUGAGCUCCAAGAGAUCUUCACGGAAAAGGUGUUGGACCAAGAGAAGGACAUCGAGAAGUUGUCGCACACCGUGGUCGGGACGACGGAAAACGUGAAGUUCGGGAACGAACAGGUCCGAGAAGCCAUCAAGAAGAAUGCCGGCUUUCGAGUCUGGAUCCUCUUCUUUCUCCUCGUCAUGUCGUUUUCUCUACUUUUCCUCGACUGGUAUAAUGACUGA